AUGUCAGCUUCAACAUUUGACUGGAGAGUUUCUGUGGUCAGUGUUGGUGCAGAGGGAAACGAGCAGCGAACGCCCCGAGGGGAGGAGAGCGGAGGAGUGACGGGUUUGAUGACCAGCUGGGAGACGCAGCAGCAGGAAACCAUCAUGAUGGCCCGUCUGUCUUCGCUCUGCCUCGUCUUCCUCUCUCUGCAGGUCGAAGACAUCAGAACAUUUGAAGUUCCGAGACAAUAUGGAGUUUCUGGGGAAGACAUCUUGAUUUCAUGUGUCUCUUUCUCAUCUGGAGCCUGGAAGUUCUUCUGCAGGGAAACCUGUGAAGGAGAAAACCUCCUGGUCAGAACCAGUGACGACGCAGCUCAGAUCGGACGAUACAGAACCGAAUAUGAUAGAGAAGCUUCCAGAACAUUCUCGGUUCUGUAUGUGAGCAUCUCAGAGCUGACCCGGUCCGACGCCGGUCAGUACCGAUGUGGUCUGGGCGACUCUUCAUCAUCAGCUUCAUUCCAGGACUUCAGGCUGGUUGUUGUAGACGAUCUGCUGGAUGGGAACAAAGUUCCUCACCUCCAUACAGAAGCUGGCAGCUCAGUGACAGUCGCCUGUUCCUUUGGAGACUCUGGAAGAAAACGACUGUUCUGCAGAGGAGAAUGUGGAAAAGAUGAAGUUCUGGUUCAGACUGAUGGAGUCAGAGCUGACAGAGGCAGAUACAGCAUUGAAUAUGAAAACAGACUAAAAUCAGCAGUUCUGUUGGUGACCAUCACACAGCUGACCCAGUCUGACUCCGGACGGUACCGAUGUAAAAUGGACAGAACGAUUCGCUCAGAUCUACACAGAGACUUUUACAUCACCGUCACUGAUGCAGUCGGCCCGUCCAGCUCCACACCAACAACAACUAUCCCUUCCAGCUCCAGUUCAGCGGUUGGCCCGUCCAGCUCCACACCAGCAGUAUCAUCACAGACUUUAAGCUCCAUUUCUGCUCAUGUUUUCACAAACAACCCAACCAGCUCCACAGCAACAACUCAGAGAUUCAACUCCAGUUCAAGAAAUUUCACACAUGAAGGAUCUUUUAAAAUCAGUAACGACUCGGCUCAGAUUCAGGAUAACAAAGAAAAAUCUUUCCUCUACGUUCCUGUGGUCGUUGGUGUGACUCUGGCUGCCAUGGUGGUUCUGAUCCCAGCAGUUCUACUGGUUUCCUGCAGGAGAAGAUCUCUGAGAGAUGCAGAGAACGAAGGAGGUGCAGCUGGAUCAAACGCUGCAAAAUCCAUUUAUGAAAACUCCACUUUUGAGAACCCCAUCUACCAGGACCUCAGUUAUGUCACCAAAGAAGAGAAUCAUAUCUAUUGUACCAUAGAAAAAGACAAAUAAGAUCCUGGAAUCCGGUUCUGAUCCAAGGAAUAAUGUUUGUUUUGCUUAAAUCAGAAUAAAACCGAAUUAGGAAAAUGUAUUCUUGCAUCAUAGAUAAAGAGUUUGACAUGUAGCUUCAUGUUAUUGAAUAGUUGUUGAUAAAGCUGUGGACCAGGUCUCUGAACUGAGGAUCCAAGUCUCAUAAAAUGGACACAGACUUGGUCUAGUCAGUUACAAUCAAACUCCAAACCUGUUUGGUACCACAAGGCUCGAUUCUGGGCCCCCUCUUAACUCAGGUUCUAAUAAAAAUAAGACCAUAACUAUGCAGAUGGUACAGGGCUCUACAUUAUGAUGUCACCAGGUGACUCCGA